CAAUCUGAGCUGCCACGUAAUGUUGUGUGUCGCGUCGAUGAAGUACAACAUUUUCGAGGAUAAUAAACUACGAAUUAUUCUGUAAAAAGUGUAAUGUACAUUUCAUUGUGCAGAAUCGAGUAAAGUUUUUAUCAUAUAUUCUGUGUUAAUCUUUUCCAAAAGUAUCUAAGUCAGUUAUCAAAUCCAAUGAGUAUGCCACCAGAUUCUAUGAAUAAACGAUAUUCAGAAUCAUAUUCUGAUCAAAUGAAUCACAUAAACAAUCAAAUGAAUAUGAUGUCUACAACACAACUUGGUUAUAAUAAACUAUGGUAUCCAAGUCAACCAUCAAAUCCAAUGAGUAUGCCACCAGAUUCAGUGAAUAAACGUUAUACAGAAUCAUAUUCUGAUCAAAUAAAUCAUGUAAAUAAUCAAAUGAAUAUGAUGUCAGCACCACAAGUUGGAUGUAAUAAAUUAUGGUAUCCAAAUCAGCCACUAAAUUCAAUGAAUAUGCCACCAGAUUCAUUGAAUAAACGAUAUCCAGAAUCAUAUCCUGAUCAAAUAAAUCACUUAAAUAAUCAAAUGAAUAUGAUGUCUGUUACUCAACUUGGCUAUAAUAAAUUGUGGGGAAUGGAGACUAUUGAUCUUUUACAAUGUCGAAAUGUUCUACCUAUAGAAAAAGUAGAGUCACCAAAAAUUAAACUCCAUCAAGAGUUUUUAGACAGUGUGAAUUGUAGUCCAGAUAUAUUCCGCUGCACACUUACAAAGAUUCCUGUAUCAAAUUCUUUGCUGCAGAAAUCUAGAUUGCCUUUAGGAGUUUUAAUACACCCUUUCAAAGAUUUAAAUCAUUUACCAGUAAUACAAUGUAGUACAAUAGUUCGUUGUCAUGCUUGCAGAACAUAUAUUAAUCCGUUUGUAUAUUUCAAUGAUUCAAAAAGAUGGAAAUGUAAUCUUUGUUAUAGAAUAAACGAAUUGCCAGAAGAAUUUCAAUUUGAUCCUGUAACAAAAUCAUAUGGAGAUCCAUCAAGAAGACCAGAAGUAAAAACUAGUACAAUUGAAUUUAUUGCAUCUAGUGAAUAUAUGCUACGUCCACCACAGCCAGCUGUGUAUUUGUUUGUUUUGGACGUUUCGAGAUUAGCAGUAGAAAGUGGUUACUUGAACACAGUCUGCAACGUAAUUUCAGAAGAAUUAUCAAGACUGCCAGGUGAUAGUAGAACACAAAUAGGAUUUUUAGCAGUAGAUUCUGCUAUACAUUUCUUUGGCAUACCUGACAAUGUAUCACAACCUCAGGAAAUGAUUAUGCUUGAUAUCGAUGAUGUAUUUCUUCCAUGUCCGGAGAAUUUAAUUGUCAACUUGAAAGAACGAGAAGAAUUAGUAAGAGAUUUAUUGACUCAGUUACCCAUAAAAUUUCAAGGAACUCAUGAUACAAAUAGUGCAUUGGGUGCAGCCCUGCAAGCUGCAUAUAAACUUAUGUCACCAACUGGUGGACGUGUAACCGUCUUCCAAACUUGCUUACCAAAUCUAGGACCAGGUUUAUUGCAAGCAAGAGAAGAUCCAAAUAAUAGAGCAAGUAAAGAUGUGCCGCAUUUAAAUCCAGUAACAGAUUUUUACAAAAGAUUAGCACUAGAUUGCAGUGGACAACAAAUUGCAGUCGAUUUAUUUUUGUUAAAUUGUCAAUAUUGUGAUCUAUCUACUAUUUCGAGUAUGUGUAAAUUUUCUGGAGGUUGUAUAUAUCAUCUUCCAUUAUUCCGUGCUUCGAAACCACAGCAUGUGGAGACACUUGACAGAAUAUUGAGGCGUUAUCUUACUAGAAAAAUCGGUUUCGAAGCAGUGAUGAGAAUACGAUGCACACGAGGAUUGAGUAUUCAUACUUUUCACGGAAAUUUCUUUGUGCGAUCAACUGAUCUUCUUAGUUUGCCUAAUGUUAAUCCAGAUGCUGGUUUUGGAAUGCAAAUCUCCAUAGAAGAGAAUCUUUCAGAUGUACAAAAUGUUUGUUUUCAGGCAGCUUUACUUUACACAUCAAGUAAAGGUGAAAGAAGAAUUAGAGUACACACAUUGUGCCUACCAGUAGUAUCUACUUUAUCUGAUGUUCUUCAUUCUGCUGAUCAACAAUGCAUAGUAGGCCUACUUUCUAAAAUGGCUGUAGAUAGAUCUCAGCAAUCCUCUAUAUCUGAUGCAAGAGAUGCUCUAAUAAAUGUGGCCAUAGAUGUUUUAUCAGCCUAUAAAUUGUCUCAAUCAGCUGCUUCUGGUGGACUUCUUGCUCCAGCAAGUUUAAAGCUAUUACCCCUUUAUAUUAUUGCUCUACUCAAAUGUAUUGCUUUCAGAUCAGGAACAAACACAAGACUUGAUGAUCGAGUGUUUGCUAUGUGUCAGUUAAAAACUAUACCGUUGUUUCAAUUAAUCCAAAUGAUUUAUCCAGAUCUUUAUCCUAUUCAUGCGCUUGAAGAUCGAAAUGCGAAAGAUAUCGAUGGUAAAUUAUGUCCACAACCACCUAGAUUACAUCUUUCUGCUGAGAAACUUGACUCUAGGGGUGCUUUUCUAAUGGAUACUGGAGAUCAGAUAUUUAUUUUAAUCGGCAAAAAUAUACAUCCUUCGUUUUGUUGUAAUGUGCUUGGAGUUUCUGCUUUUCCAUCAAUACCAGAAGAAUUUUAUGAAUUACCAGAAAUUGAAACAACAGAAAGCGAAAGGUUACGAAACUUUGUAUUUAGUUUACAAGAAGAGAAACCCUAUCCAGCUUCUAUACAAAUUAUUCGGGAUGACAGUCAUUUUAGGACACUUUUUGUUGAGCGAUUAAUUGAAGAUCGUUUUGAGAAUUCUUUGAGUUAUUAUGAAUUUUUGCAACAUCUUAAGACUCAAGUGAAAUAAUAAUAGAAGAAAUUAUUUUGGGAUUAAUAAAUACGGAAAGUAUAUAACAAACAAAUCUUAACAUGCAAAAGUCAUUGUUACAGUGAAAGUGUUUAGCAAUUGUGAACUGUGUUCAAAAAAUACGAACUUUUUGAAAACAAUUGUUUAAUCAAUUAAUUAGAAUGAAAUAUUUAGAGAUAUAAAAAAAUCAUAUAUAUAUAUAUAUGUAUGUAUGUACAUGUUUAUAUAUAUAUAUAUAUAUAUAUAUAUAUAUACAUACAUAUAUGUAUAAUAUAUACAAUACAUACACAUUUUUGUGUAUACGUACAGAUAUAUGUAUGUAUAUUGAAAAUUACCCGCGCGCGCGCGCGCGUUUUGUAGGAAUGAAUGUUAUUUUUAUUUUAAGAAACAUUGAAGCAUUUAAAUGAAAUUCAACUGUAAUUAUUAUUUUAUUAUCACUAUAAUAAUAAUAUAAUAAUUGUUAUUAUGCUUUUUUCUUGUAAUCUUUUUGAGCUAGUUAAAUGAAUUUAAAUUGUGUUUUUAUAUUUUUUUUGUUGCUAGAAUUUGUAAUUAUUUGAUUUUGUUAUAUCUUUCUCUUUGAAAAACUGCCAGAAUUUUUUAAUUUUGAAUCCACUUUUCAGAUAUUUUGCUUUAUAUAAUACAUAUCUGAAAUGUAAUAGUUUGAAAAUGAUCAUCUCAUAAAUAACUAGCUACAAAAAGUUUCCUUUUUGGUCAAAAUUAUUUUGUAAAUAAUUGUUAUAUAUUUUACGUAUACUGGAACAAAAAUUUUAUAAUAAAUUAUGAAUUAUGAUUUAUCUUUAAAUUGCGUAACAUACCUAAUUUUUAUAUUAUAUAUACAUUUAUAUAUAUAUAUAAUACACAGUAUUUAAAUUAACUGGAAAAUAUGAAAUAUUUUAUAAAGGAUAAUAUAAAAUGACACAUAUUCUUACAAAAAUGUUUGUUAUAAAGAGAUACAUUGCAUAGAAUUAAUAAUUUUUCUGCAUAGACACAAAAGUCUUAUAAAGAUCAAUUUUAUCUUUUUAAAUAUAAUUAUAUAAUUUUCAAUGCAUUAUUCAAUAUAAAUUGUACAAAAAAAAUUUGUUUUUAUAAAAAACAAGAUAAUACAAAACAAAUAGAGAUUACUAUUACUUCCCAUGAUUCUAUAAUAAAUUUUAUAAAUUUCAAUAAAUUAUAAAUUUGUAUUAAUAAUUUUUGAAAUAAAGAAACUAUAACGAUUAAUGUAUUAAAUAUUAUAUAAUUUUAUUUAAAGUAAUAAAAUUCAUUUUCAUGUAAUUUCUAUACAUCUAGAAAAAUUAUUGAUAUCACAUUACAUAUUUUUUUGUGCUAAGCAAAAUUUAAAAGAUAUUUCAUUUUUUCAGUUAAACGAAAUUGAUUCGCGCGCGCGCGCGCAUACACACAUACACACACACACACACGACGAUUUCAUAAGGUAUGGUAUAUUCAAGAAAGAAGAAAUUCAUAUUGCAGAAAUAAAAUGAGUUUUACUAUUAAUAUUUUUUUAAAUUUACUCUUAUUUUUUAAUAUAGUAAUAAUAUAUUUAUAAUAUUUUAUUUCUUUAUUAUAUUUGUUUUUAAAUAUAAAGAUUGUUUUUAAUAACAUUUCAUAUUAAUAAUUAUAUUUUUUUUCUAUUAAUUUUUUCGAAUGAUUAUUUCAUUUAUACACAUUUUUUCAUCUAUACACAUAUAAGUAAAAAUUUUAAGUAGUUAUAUGACAAGUAUAUAAUUAUUAUUAAAAGAAAUGAUAUAUUCAAUAAUAAUUACAAUAAAAAAUUUUUUAAAAUAUCAUGUUAUUUUCAUGUAAAAAUUUUAUAUAUUUGGAAUAUACCAUCCUUUAUGAAUAUAUAUAUAAUAUAUGAAUAUAUUAUAUAAUAUAUAUGUGUGUGUAUAUAUAUAUAUAUAUACACACACAGAAUGUCUCACUAAAUAUGAUAUAUGAAAUUACAACUUUGUUUUAUCAUAAAAAGAAUUAUAUAUUGAUAUUAAUGCAAUUUUUAUGCAAAUUAUGCAAAUUAAUUUUCUUUUCAACUAAUAUGAACAUUCAUAUUUAUAACAAUAGAUUUACCUAAUAUUUACUUUUUACUUAAUUUUUUAUCGGUGAAUAACAAUGAAUUUGUUAAAUUUUUUUUUUAAUUUAAAAAAUACAUAUUUUAUAUGAAAAAAAUAAUUAUUUAAACCUUAUUUAAAUUUAUAUUUUGAUAAAUCUUUAAAUGUGAAUUAAAAAAUUAUUUAAUUAAAAUGCAUAAUUAGAUAAAAAUAAUACUAAUACCAAAUUUUAAUAAUAAUAGAAAUUUUACUUCUACCAUUUAUGAUUUAUAGAACAUGUAAAUUAUGAUUUAAUAAUUAUUACUAAAAGAUUUUCGAUGUUAUUAUAUAUUAUAUAAUAUUAUAUAAAUUAAUAAAAGAAUGAACGUAUAUUUAAUGAGACAUACUAUGUGGAUAUAUACUUGUGUAACAUAUGUUUAUAUAUGUAUUAAGUUUAUCCUUAAUUACAAGUUAAUGAUUUUUGUUAAUGAUUUUUCAUUUACAAGAAAAUUAAUUUUUUUUAUGAAUUCUAUUGUUUAAAUUAAAUUCUAAUAAAUUCAUUAUGAUUUCUAGAAAUAUAGAAACAGAAUCUACAUAAAUUAGAGAUUAAAAUUCUUAUAAUAUUCAGAAUAUUUAUUAUAAUUCGUAUUCUAAAAUAUUUUAUUUCUAAAAUAUUUUAUUCGAAUCCAAAUAUGAAUUUGGCUACUCGAGUAAAGUAUUUAUUAUAUAGAUAUCCAAAUAUUAAAAUAAGUAAAAUAUAUUAAUAAAUAUAUUGUUUUUUAUAUUUUUUUUAAUUUGAAUUCAUUAUUUAAUUUAUUCUUUCUGAUCCGAAUUCAAAUAUAUAAUAUAUAUAAGAAAUACUUGGCAAAUAUUAAAUUGAAAUACUCGGAUUUCGAAAUCAAAUUUGAGUUAUAAUCAAUUUGAUUACUCGAAUAAUAAGAAUUCAAUAUAUAUUUAGAUUCUUGGAUUUAUGUUAAUUGAAUAAAUACCUUAUUAUUUGGAUGAUAUUAUAUUAGAAAUUUUAUUAUAUUUAUUAUAUUUAUUUAAAUUAAAUAUUUGAGAUAGAGCAUUAUAUUUGAUUAAGUACUCAAAAUUAUAAAGUAUACAAAAUUCUAUAUAGAUUUCUAUAGAUAAUAAUAGCAGCAAGAAUUCUGAUAUGGAUAUAUAAUGUAUAAAACAAAUGAAAUUUUGAAUGAGUUUAUACAUAUACACAAUAUCACAAGAAAAAUAAUUCAACAUGCAACAUAUAAAUUUAUAUUUAAUUAUUAUAUUUAAUAUCACUUCAAUUCUUAUAUAUUACUAUAAUUGAUAUCUAGUUUCUCGAUAGAUUAUAAAUAUAAAUAAUAUAUGAGAAAAUCACAAAAAGUAAUAGUGAUGAUUUUGAAUGGAAAUAAAAAUUGUUAUGUGUACAUAUUAUUAGAUUAUAUAAUAAUAAAAUUUUUGCAAUUCUA